AUGCAUGGAGACGAUGCCAGCGACUACCAGAGGGUCAGUAAUGAAGCUCGCAACGGGGCAACAUCGCGCAAUGGAUACGACGCCGCGCCCUCCCAUGCCGCAUCUUGGUCCGAAGCCAGCAGUCGUGUGAGCAGCUUAGAUUCGGGGAGCAGGCCUCAGGCGCCGUACUCGGCAGUCCCGGACGUGUCGGAUGAAGAAGACGGCUACGACGACGAUGGCGUCGCGAGAGAGCAGCAGCAGCAACGGGAUGACGCGCCGUCUAGGGAUCCUGGAGAACGAGCAUCGGCGACGACGCUUGUGAACGAUGGCAAGAACGAUGCCCCGUCCGAGGUGCUGACGGACGAGGCAUCUACGAGCGGAGAACCGACGUGGAUGCCGUUCUACCUGCGGCGGGUCUUCUUGCUGGGGUUUGCGGUCGUGUUCAUUCUGAUGAUAGUGGCGUUGGAGGUGCUGUACUUCUUCUCGGUGCGCGAUGGCGGGCUCGCGACGGUUGAGGAGAGCUUGCAUUACCUGUGGACGUAUGGACCGACGUUUGUGCUCACCAUGGCCGCGGCGCUGUGGGGGCAGGUGGAACACAGCGCGAAGCAGAUGAUGCCAUGGUCGCUGAUGAGUCGCGGUGAGACGGUGGCAAAACACGGGCUGCUGUUGAACUACUUGACCUCCUCAAUGCCAGGGUCUCUGAUCCGAUCGCUGAGGAGAAGGCACUUUGCGGUCAGUAUCGGCAUCUCUGGCUCACUCGUCCUGCGGCUUCUGAUCAUCUUUUCCACGGGCCUCCUCAGCUUGGAAUACCGUUCCGUGACCAGCAGCAGGGACUUCGUCUUUCAGGACGACUUUGACCUUUCGAAAGACUACGCGGCACUGGAAGACGACGGGUUCCGGCCGUUGAGCAACACGGUCAAUUUCUGGGCGACACUGAACUAUAACUUGUCUUAUCCUCAUGGCGCGACCUCGCAGUAUGCUCUACAGUCAUUUGCGCCCAGUGACGACGGCAAUUACAUCAACGUGACGGCCGAUGUCCUGGUGUUUGAGGCGUUGCUGGAAAACUGCGAGGCAUUCAACUUCACGUACGACACUGGCGGUUCAACCGAUACCUUUGGAAUCUCCUUGUCCAGGGCAGCCCCGAAGGAUUUGUGGAACGAACUCGAGCAGUGGUGUUACGAAGGGCAUACGACGUACGGCUCGACGGAUUCGGUGGCCGACGGGCUCCUCAGCGCGUUCCAGAACCUGACGCAACACAUCUACAAGUGCACCAAUUCGACGCCGAUAGAGGAGCAGGAAGACCGCAUUCUCAUCACGCUGGAUACCUGGCUCUCGGUGGACCAAGCAGAAACGUCGGGCAUAAUGUGCGAGCCCAAGUACUCGCUGACGCGGCGAACCGUCACAAACGCGACGGGGGCUGCGGGGAUUGAGGAUGGCCUCAACGUGAGCUCGGCAGUCCAGGAGACGCUGGACCUGGGCAGCAAGCCAUUCAACGUCACGUCGAACAUCAUCCAGAGCAUGGAUGGCGAAUGGUCUGGGGUGUUCACCACCCAGGCGAACGUGUGGUACACCAUGUUGAACACGUCGCAGCCACAGAGCAGCUUGAAAGCCUUCAGGAACACCAGCCUGACCACUGAGCUUUCGCAGGGCAUGUUUGCCAGCUACGCGGCCUACACCAUCAAGAAAGACUUCAUGGACACGUCCAACAGGACGGCGAACGGGACUGUCGCCUUUACCGAGAACCGUCUCUGUGUGCAGGAGCUUUCACUGAGACUCAUGGAGGCGCUGCUCGCGCUGCUGGCACUUCUCAGCAUAGCCCUGUGCUUUUUCCCCCCUGGAGUGUUCCAUCGCGAUCCCAGGCCGGUGGGCGCUCAUGCUUUGAUGCUGGCAAGGAGCCCGGCCCUCAUCGAAGUGCUGAGCGGGUACGGGGCUUCGUCGAAGCAGGCUCUCAGAGCACGUCUCUCGGGGUACACGGCCACGUUCCCGCAGCAGAAGCCACCGGCAGGCGCUGCGAUCACUGUCACGGCUCGGGAUGGCACAAAGACGGAAACGGACGAAAUGGACCAAGGGAAGUGGUGGCAUCCGCUCCCCCUCACAUUGUGGUUCCGGGGCUUGCUCGUAGCCAUCGCAAUAGCCAUCAUCGUCGCCCUCGAAGUGCUGCUGCAGGCAUCGGACAAGCACAACGGGCUCGCCGACGUGGUGCUUGAGGGCUACCAGAAGUAUGCCUGGACGCUCAUCCCGUCUCUGGUCAUGGCCAGCAUUGGGCUGGCUUUCUCCCUGGUCGACUCCAUCACACGGGCGCUGCAUCCGUUCCACCUGCUGCGCAGAGGCCGGGCCAGCUUCAACGACCUGCUCUAUGAUCCGGCGGGCCAGGUGUCGCUCGUUGCGGCUGUGCGCGCAGCGCGGCAGCGACACUUCGCCCUCCUGGCCAUCCUGCUCACCGGCCUGCUAGCACCCAUGCUGACCAUCGUCACCAGCGGCCUGUACACGGCCGUUCCCGUGCCGUCGACGCACAGUGCGGCGCUGCAAAUGCAGGACUGGUUCAACCUGGACAAUCGCACCGUCUCGCGCAUCAACACGGUCGACAACGACAGCGGAGAGGGCCGCGCCAUUUUCCAGCUGGUGCAAUUCUCCAACCUGUCAUACCCGCAGUGGACCCACGGCGCCUACGCUUUCUCCAGCUUCAGCGGCGACGGGCUGGCCGGGGAAGCCACGAGCGUGCGGGCGCGCCUGCCCGCCGUGCGCGCCAACCUGAACUGCAGCCUGCUGCACUACUACACGCACAGGAACUUCACCUACGACGCCAACGGCUUCUCGUACGUCUUCGUCCCCAUUGAUGCGCCCGCCGGCUGCCACGCCGGCCGCUACAGCAGCAACGACACGAGCCCGCGCCAGCUCUGGCUGUCGGUCAACGCUCUCAACCAGUGGGGCGCCCACUCGGACGGCCCGUUCGUCGCGCUGCUGAAGGACGACUACUCGACCGCGUCGCUGGCCUUCGAAGACAAGUACGUGUCGACUCCGAAAACCCUGGACGUCUGCGCCGACGGCCGCCAGCACCUUUUCUACGGCGCCGGCACGCUGACUGGGGACAUUUUCGACGACCUCGCCCUGAUGCACUGCAUGCCCUACGUCGAAGCCCUCUUCGUCACUGCCAACCUGUCGCUGCCCGGUCUCGAGCUCAGCACCGCCGACCAGCCGCUCGUGCCCGACGAGGACUCGGCCGUCUUCCUCUCCUCGUCGGCCAGCGCCACCGCCAUCGGCCAGGAAGAGUUCGCAAUCUUCACCUCCGCCCUCGUCAACGGCAGCACCCACGGCGUCGGCGACCUGGCCACCAUCACCGGCCGCGCCAACGUCGACGCCUUCAGGCACGCCCUCGAGUCGCUGUACGCCGUCUACGCCGCCCAGAACUUGAACUUCAACUACCGCCUGGCCCUCGAUCCCGCCACCAACCUGACUUCCUUCCUGUUCCCGACCGACGCGUCGCGCCACAACUCGUCCAACGCCCCUGGCACCAUGGAGAAGUUCAUCAUCCGCGACGACGACGAUGAUGCCGUGCUGACGGCCCAGCAAAGGCUGCGCCUCAAGCAGAGCCCCAUCUCGACCCGCAUCUUGGAGGGCCUGAUCGCCGCCAUGGCCGUGUGUUUGAUCGCCGCCGCCGUGCUGGAGACCAUGACGCUGGGCCUGGCCGCCAGGGUCUUGCCCAAGGACCCGGGAUCCGUGGCCGCCAAGAUGACCUUGUUUGCCGAGGGAGACGCGUGGCCAAGGGAGGUCCCGGUGGGAGCUGACAUGUGGCCGGAUCGGGUCCUGGUGCGGAAAGGCGUCUUCGAGGGCCGCUUGUUUGGCUUGCGUUGGUGGGGGGGUGCGGAGGACGGGGGAGGGAGGAGGUUUGGCGUUGAUAUUGCCAGUGCGGAGAGCCGGUGA